CUUUGGUAGUUGUGGGUGUUUUGUGUCUCGUCGAAGCCUAUCAGGCGACGGAGGGCACAGAUUAGGGGUUUCGUAUGGCGGUCGAGGAGCAGAGAAGAAAUGGGUCUCUGAAGAUGGAAGAAUCAUCACUCGGGGGUCCAAUGACUUGCGACAAGCGGAAGCGUGCCGGGUCGAGUCCGAAUGUGAUUCAGGUGUGCAUGCCUUCACGUAAGGAGAAAACCAAGGAUAUUGGGUGGGAUCAUGGGAAGAUAGUUGAUGGAAAUAGGUUUCAGUGGAUGUGCAAUUGGUGUGGUUUAGUUAGAUAUGGAGGUGGGGUGUCUAGGCUUAAGAAACAUCUUGCUGGUGUUUGUGAUGUUAGAAAGUGCCCAAAUGUCCCAGAGGAAAUUGCAAAAGAGAUCAUGAAUCAUCUCAUAGAGAAGCAAAAACACAGAAAGAGGAGGUUGGUUGCACGAGGUAUCAAAGGAAGAAGGCAGAAGUGUUCUCCUCAUUGUGAUUUACUGGACAAGGAUCAUAUAAAAGGUGACAAUAAGGCACAGGUGGGAAGUGCCAAUAAGUUAUCUAGAAAAGACAUUUGGGAAACCAAUAUUGCCUCUGAAAGGUUGAAGAUCAUGAACCAGCAGUCAACCACAACCAUGGGGUUAACUGGCAUGACUGAGCAGGAAAUGGAGGAACUUCAUGACCAAAUUUCAUGUACCAGAACUGUUGAGGAAGAUAGGUACUCUAGAAGGGAACAUCAUUGGAAAUAUGUACUAGAAAGCAUACUGCAGUUUCCUGAUAUGAGUGAAGGUGGUGGCAUUUCAUGUUGCAUCCGUGACGCUCUCACAUAUGGACCUGAAUUUACCAAAAAGUUCAAGAUGACUGAUAUCUUGGGGAACACAGUACAACUAAAGGAUAAGUUUGUUGGGAACAGUGAAGUAAAAUGUCAUCAAACACCAGAUAGUGCUGCAAAUGCUGAAAAGAGUGCAUCAAAAACUGGAUCUCUUAGUGAAACUGAUACAGAUGUCAUCAAUUUAAAUAGUCAAGAACACUUUCUUGACAUUUUACGUUCAGAAAAGUUUUUCUUAUUGUGUGAUUUGAUCUGCCAUAACUUCCAGGACAACAAGGUCAAAUUGUUCUUUGACUUCAGCCUGAUUAACUCAAAGAUGAAAAAUGGGGAUUAUAAGCAAUCACCUGGAUUAUUUAGUCAGGAUAUUCAAGAGGUAUGGGACAAAUGCCAAAAAUUUGGUGAAGAAAUGGUCCUUCUAGCAAGUAAUCUUUCAAGCAUGUCACAUGUUUCCUGUCAGAAGCAUGACACUUGUCAAGUAGUUGCUGAACGGAAGAGUUUUGCGGAAUCCAAUAAGACUGCCAUGCACCUUACGUUCUGUGAAUCAGGCCAAUACACCAAAUUGGAUCAAGCUAAGGCCUCUCCUCUAUACAAGGUUCCGACUUGCAGGCAAUGUGCCAUGGAAGCAAAUGGAGAAUGUAGCCUCAUCUGUGGUGGAUGUCAGGCAAUGUACCAUUUCUCAUGCAUCAAGCCUGCUCUUGUAGAAAUUCCAACUCAGAGCUGGUACUGUGUUGUUUGUAAUGCAUACGAGAAGGAAUCACCUGAACCUUUUUCGAUCUGCACUAGGAAAGAUAUUAUGCACAAGAAUCACUUGGUGUAUGAUGGGCUUAAAACUUCUGGGACACAAGAAUAUUGCAUUGACAGUGACAGCAGGAUUGUUAGAGCUUCCAACUCCACGGAAAGUUCAGUUUCAUUUAUGGAGACUGAUGAGUCACCAGAACUACCAAGGACUGCUCAGUCAUUCUUGUGCAAGAUAUGUGGGACUUGCGAGGAUGAAGACAAGAAAUUCUUGAUUUGUGAUCAUGUUCACUGCCCUUACAAGUUCUACCACAUAAGAUGCCUAAAAAGUAGUCAGAUAGCUAGUCUGCAGCAGCAAAAGAAGUCUUGUUGGUAUUGCCCAUCUUGCCUUUGUAGAGCUUGCUUUUGUGAUAAGGAUGAUGAUAGGAUUGUCCUAUGUGAUGGUUGUGAUGAGGCAUACCACACAUACUGCAUGAGACCACCGUGUACUUCCAUACCCAAGGGCCAGUGGUAUUGCCAGUCUUGCAAUGCAUCCAUGGAGAGGAAAGGGACGAAGAGACACAAGCAGCGUAUCACCCAGCAACACUGGAAGAAUGAUGGCACACAAUUUAAUGAGGUUAGUCGUGCAGUGGAUUUGCUAUUAAUUGCUGCUGAGAAGCUGAGCUCAGAAGAGCAAUUGAUGGCAGGGGAGAAUUCAAGAUAGGUGAUUGCACAAGUUACUAAACCUUGUGCAAUGAGAUACUUCAUCGGUAGGAGUCCUAGUUUUAAUGGUUGAAAUGGAUAUCCUUCGAUCAUGAGAUAGAUCUAUGGAGUAUGGCUUGGGAGUUUUUCCCCGAUCAGUUUGGUUUCUAGUUUGCUAAGGGAAGGUUUUUUUCACUCAAAUGUCAAUCAUACACUCGGCAUUCAAAUGCAACUGGAAGAACGGAAAGACAUCUUCUUCAAUGUAUUAUAUCCUCCCAGUGCCAGAAAAUCCCUAGAAGGGCAAAUUUUCCUUGUAAUUGUUAAAUGCUGUUGUUAAAGGGUCGCAACAUCUUUUUUGAAAUGUCAAUCUCAGUCGAAGUCUCCCAUGUAAUGUAAAUAAUAGCCAAGGAGAAUGUACGUUUCCCCAGUAUCCCCUUUCUGUGGAAAUUUCGAUUACUUUUCUGUUCUCA